AGUGUAUUCGUUGGGUGGCGUUCUGCUCGCUUCCUGCUGAAAACGCUAGCGGAUAUAUGCCCUCCUCAUAUAUUUCAGCUUUCCUGUUUUACCAAUCUUCAUUGCGAUAGGUUACGUUGCAUCAUUUUACAUACACCGAUGACCGCCACGUGGCUGACCGCCACCGGCGAGACACUACGCGUGCGAGAAGUAUGGGAAGACAAUUUGGAGGCGGAGUUCACCCUCAUCCGCGACUUUGUAGACCAGUAUCCUUAUGUGGCCAUGGACACAGAGUUUCCGGGGGUGGUGGCCAAGCCCCUGGGCCCAUUCAAGAGCAGCCGGGAGUAUCUCUACCGGGCGCUCAAGAUGAACGUAGAUAUGCUUAAGCUGAUUCAGCUGGGCCUGACAUUUACGGAUGCAAAGGGGAACCUGCCGCGUGCGAACGGAGAGCUGUGCGUUUGGCAGUUCAACUUUAAGGGGUUCCGUCUUGCGGACGAUGUCUAUGCACAGGACAGCAUUGAGCUGCUUAAACAAUCGGGCAUCGACUUUGCUACACAUGAGGCGAAAGGCAUUGACGUGCACCGUUUUGGGGAACUGCUCAUGACGUCUGGUAUCGUUCUCAACGAUGACGUGCGAUGGAUUACCUUCCACAGCAACUACGACUUUGGGUACCUCUUGAAAAUCCUGACCUGCCAGCCGCUGCCCCAGUCUGAGCAGGAGUUUUUUGAGCUCUUGAACAUCUACUUCCCCAACAUCUUUGACAUCAAGUAUCUCAUGCGGUACUGCGACAAUCUCCACGGCGGGCUUAACAAGCUGGCCGAGAUGCUGGAAGUUCAACGUAUUGGGCCUCAGCACCAGGCCGGCUCGGACAGCCUCCUUACCUCGUUCACCUUCAUCAAACUGGCCAACAAAUUCUUUCAGGGAAUCGAAGGCGCGUCCAAGCACAUGGGGGUUUUGUUCGGCUUGGGUAAGUGGGGAAGGACCAGGACCCUACGGCCUGGGAAAGACUCGGUUUGGAGGGCAGACGAGGGGAUGGCGCGAUGCAGAGAAAGCUCACAUGAGCUUGAGGUUAAUGCAGACACUCAUGCGGCAAAAGGGCUGAAAAGAUCUCUUCGGGUUUAA